AUGCAAGAUCAACUCCUUCAAAAUCUAUGGCGAGCUGCCCAAGGGACAUGGGAAUCUGGAGUUGUCCCUAGCGCGGAGAAUUUAUCCCGCGCCCGGUCGUCGCUUCCCUCCACACUACCCGAUACCGGCUCCAGCCUGGAAUCCGUCCAACGCCAUUUGCUGGAGGACAUUGUGCCCGCAUUCAACGGUGGUAGUAUCAGCCCCAAUUAUUAUGGCUUCAUCACCGGUGGAGUGACCCCUGCGGCGCUGUUCGCGGACAACAUAGUUUCGGCCUACGAUCAGAACGUCCAGGUACACCUUACUAACCACUCCAUCGUCACCGAUGUUGAGUAUCAUGCACUUGGCUUACUUGCCGACCUGUUCAAUUUGCCCCGUGCUCAAUGGCAUAAUGGCACUUUUACCACCGGUGCCACGGCGAGCAACAUCCUUGGUCUAGCUUGCGGACGGGAAUUCGUGCUGCAAAAGGCCGCGGAGAGAAUGGGAAGCCAACUGAGCAGUGUCGGUGAACAUGGUCUAUUCGAGGUGCUUCACGCACUUAAUCUUUCUGGAGUUCAGGUCCUCUCAACGCUGCCGCAUUCCUCCUUGGUCAAGGCUGCCGGUAUUUUGGGAAUUGGACGCUCCAAUGUUCGAAACAUCUGCUGUGCUGAUGACCCGCUCCGAUUCGACAUGGCGCAGCUCGAGAAAGAGCUAGCCAGAACGGACAAGGUCAGCAUUGUGGCUAUCUCGUGUGGAGAAGUCAAUACUGGCCGGUUUGCGACAUCUGGGAUGGAGCAACUGGGACAGCUGCGCCAAUUGUGUGAUAAAUAUGGGGCAUGGAUGCAUGCCGACGGUGCCUUUGGCAUUUUCGCCCGGGUUUUAGGGGAUAGCGAGGAGUUUGCCACAAUCAAAAAGGGAUGUGACGGAAUUGAGCUGGUGGACUCCAUCGCCGGAGAUGGUCACAAACUACUUAACGUGCCUUAUGACUGCGGUUUCUUCUUUUCCCGCCAUCCGGAGCUGGCCGCCCAGGUCUUCCAGAAUGCUAAUGCCGCUUACCUGAGCGCAGGUGCGGCGGAUGGUCCUGCUAUCCCUUCGCCUCUGAAUAUUGGACUUGAGAAUUCCCGCAGGUUCCGGGCGUUGCCAGUGUAUGCCUCUCUGCUGUCUUACGGGAGAGAAGGGUACCAAGAGAUGCUUGGGCGCCAAAUUCAUCUGGCGCGUGCUAUCUAUGAAUGGAUCUUUGACCAUCCGGCAUAUACACCUUUGCCGGAAGCACAUUCGAAAGCUGAGCUUGUGGAUCAGGCAUUCAUAGGCGUUUUGUUCUGUGCCAAGGACGACGCGUUGAACCAGCAACUAACCGCGAAGAUUAACGAAACCUCACGAAUGUAUGUUUCGGGAAGCAACUGGCAGGGUAGAACAGCUACUCGAAUUGCUGUCUCCAAUUGGCGGGUUGACGUCAAACGCGAUGUGGCAUUGGUAACUGAUGUUCUGGCUCAAGUAGCCCAGUGA